CAUUACACUUGUGAGCAUUCGGAUUGCACAUGAGAAAUAGUAACAAAUAAGUCGACGAAAAGUUAUGAAACUACUUCAAGAUUUUUCGUUAGUAUUAAACUUUUAAAUGUUCAAAUUUUGCUCAUUCGAUGAUCCAAAUUGUUGCUGCUUCUAAAUGUUUCGAAAUGUUGAUCAAGACACUUAUGACUUUUGCUAUUUUUUUCAACGAUUUUUAUUGCAUUGGAGCUAAUAGAGUGUCAAUUGGUCGAGGGCUAAACGAUGAAAUCAACAACAACCCCAAAAGUCAUUCAAACUUAAGGACCAAGGAGAAGAAAAUUCUAGAUGAGAUUAUCGGUGAUGGUCGAUAUGAUAAUCGGAUUAGGCCAAGUGGAUUUAAUUAUUCAGUUGAUGGUUCCGAUGAUGGAAAUGAUGGACCUUGUUUUGUUGUGGUCAACAUAUUUUUAAGAAGUAUAAGUAAAAUUAGUGAUCUCGAUAUGGAAUACUCAGUCCAGAUAACUUUUCGUGAGGAAUGGCGAGAUGAAAGGUUACAAUAUAAUGACAAUAAUGAGCAGAUAAAAUUUCUAACACUAACUGACCCAAAUAGAAUAUGGAAGCCAGAUUUAUUCUUUUCCAAUGAGAAAGAGGGUCAUUUCCAUACAAUCAUAAUGCCCAAUGUCCUUCUAAGAAUUUAUCCUGAUGGUUCAGUUCUCUAUUCAAUCAGAAUAUCACUUUUACUCGCCUGCCCCAUGGAUCUUAAAUACUAUCCACUUGAUGAGCAGGAAUGUUACAUGAGAAUGGCAAGUUAUGGUUAUACAACUGAUGACCUUGUAUUUCGUUGGAAAGAUGGUGACCCUGUACAGAUAACAUCAAAUCUUCAUCUUCCUCGAUUUGCCCUACAGAAAGUAAAGACUGCCUAUUGUACCAGUCGGACCAACACGGGCGAAUACAGUUGCCUGAAAGUUUUCCUUGAUUUUAAGCGGGAAUUCAGUUACUAUUUAAUUCAAAUUUAUAUGCCCUGUUGUAUGUUAGUAAUUGUCUCUUGGGUAUCAUUCUGGUUGGAUCCAAAUGCUAUACCUGCCAGAGUCUCUCUUGGUGUAACAACUUUGCUCACAAUGGCAACCCAAAUAUCGGGUAUUAACGCUUCCCUACCACCGGUUAGUUAUAUUAAAGCGAUUGAUGUUUGGACCGGUGUUUGUUUAGCAUUUGUUUUCGGUGCUCUACUUGAAUUUGCUUUGGUAAAUUAUGCUUCUCGAAGUGAUGCCCAUCGAGCAGCACGUGAAUUCAACGGUAUGAGAUACCAAAGGCGAUGGGAUAAAGAUGGUAACGUUAUUUCAGAUGAAACUUCUUAUGCAUUGAGGCCACUGGUUAUCAAAGGAAACGAAUACUCAAAUAAAAAUAUAUUUUCCCGUUGGUGGUCAAAAUUUCCCACUCGAUCAAAACGUAUUGACGUUGUAUCAAGAAUAUUUUUCCCGUUAAUGUUUUGUCUCUUCAAUGUUGUCUAUUGGGUGACUUACCUGUUUCGCCAUAAAAAGGAUAAAAGUGUAUCUUGAUUUUUCAUUUAAUCAUAUUCUCAUUCACUUAUUAUACAUGUAUUAUUAAUAAUAAUCUCAAUAAUCAAUCAAUAAUAAACCUUCAGUGACAAUCUAACCAUGGAUAAGUUAAGUUUGUACAUAUAAUCAUAAAUCAAAUGUAAAUGAUAAAAAUGUUAAUCAAAUUAUGUGUACAAAUCAAUGAAUGAAAAAGUCAAAAGAGAAGCAAUUAUCUAAUUGCUCAUUUAUUAAUAAAAA